AUGUUAUCAUUCCCUGUGUCUUUUUCAUCACCCAUUGUAAUUAGUGUUAGUAUUUUGACAGCUAUAAGUGUUUAUAUUCUAUUUGGACCUGAACCAAAAGAUCGACGAAAACGUGGUUAUCCUGGUGGAUUAGUCAAUUAUGGAAAUAAUUGUUUUGCUAAUGCUAUUGUUCAAUGUUUAGCUUCAUCAUCGAUAUUUAUUCGAUGGAUUGAUGAACAUCUUCAAAAUAAUACCGUUGCGAAAAUUCUUCUUGAUCUUAUUCAAUCAAUAAAUGGUGAAAGAAUAUCUUAUUCACAAGAUUCAACUGUUGCUACAUUAAUUGAUCAUAUGCGACAACCAAAAUGGUUAAGUCCAUUUGAACAACAAGAUAGUCAUGAAUUUCUUUUAUCACUUAUUAAUUCUUUAACAUAUAAACAAUCAAUACAAUCAAAACAUUUAGGUUUUGCUUCUUGUCUUGAUUGUUCAGAUGAACAAGAUAAUUCAAAAUCAAUGAUGAUAACUGAAAGUCCAUUAAUAACACCACAUCCAUUUCAAGGCUUACAAGCAACACAAUUACAAUGUACGGAAUGUAAACAGAAAAAUCCAAUAAGUGUUUCUCUUUUCGAAACACUUUCAUUAAUUAUUCCCGAACGACAAGUAUCAAAUUCAGGGACAUUGGGAAUUCGACAACAACGAAAUUUUACAUUACAAGAAUUAAUUGGUAAUUAUCUUAAAUCCGAAAUGAUAACGAAUUUAACCUGUAGUAAAUGUAAAUCAAAAGGAAAUUUACCACAUAGAAAAAUAACAACUUUUUCAAGAUUACCAGAAAUUCUUUGUCUACAUAUUAUUCGUACAACAUGGACAAAUGAAGGUUUGCCAAUGAAAAAUACAUGUCAUAUAUCAUUUCCUGAUCUGCUUGAUAUGAAUCCAUUUAUUUCUUUAUCACGUCUUUUACCUGCUAAUAUACCUCCGAGUCAAACAAAUAAAAAACCGUCCAAUGCUAUGUAUCGACUUAAUUCUGUACUUGUACAUUUAGGUGGUAUUAGUGAAGCUGGACAUUUUAUUGUCUAUCGACGACAAGUAGAUAAAAAUGAAUGGCUUUCCAUAUCAGACGAUACUAUAAGAGAAUGUAGUGAACUUCAAGUAUUCGCUUCAAUGGCAUAUAUUUUGUUUUAUGAAAGAAUAAAAAAAUAA